UGUCUCAAUCUUUACGUCAUCAUGCCGCGCCACCGAGCAAGCAACAUGUUGUGGGAUGGUACCUAAGGUUUUUAAGAUCUGAUCUUGUCCUACUGGAGUGAUAUACCACAGUUCGGCCAUAUUGUUGAAUAUCACUUAAUUUGCCCACUGCUGGGGUUCCGGAUGAACAUCGGGUACACCUCAAGGGUGACAUCGGGGUUGUUGCCGGCGGCGAUGGCGGGCAGUAGGAGGCCGUGAGCAACCGGCGCCAUGCAGCGGGAGGCGAGCCGGGAGCUGCGGCUGCCGGGCCUCGGCCCCCACGGACAGCACUACGCGGCGGGCUCCUGCGCCUCCUUCGCCAACAUCGUGGUCACCUUCCCCCUGCAGAAGGUCCUCUUCCGGCAGCAGCUGUACGGCGUGCGGCUGCGCGAGGCGCUGUGGCAGCUGAGGCGGGACGGCCUGCGGAAUCUUUACCGCGGCCUGCUGCCCCCGCUGCUGCAGAAGACCGCCACCACAGCGCUCAUGUUCGGCCUCUACGAGGACGCGUCGCGGCUCAUGCUCCAGCGCGCCGGCGGACCCGAGGCUCUGACCCGCGGUGCGGCCGCCGUGCUGGCGGGGAUGGCGGAGGCGGCCCUCACCCCCUUUGAGAGGGUCCAGACCCUCCUGCAGGACCACCGGCACCACGGCCAUUUUAACAACACGUUCCACACCUUCCGCGUGCUGGUGCAGGAGCACGGCGUCCGCGAAUGCUACCGCGGCCUGGUGCCAAUCUUGCUCCGUAACGGCACCAGCAAUGCCCUCUUCUUCACCCUCCGGGGCCCCGUCAAACAGAGGCUCCCUGAGGCCCGGGGCCACGCCGGCCACCUCCUCAAUGACUUCAUCUGCGGGGGUCUGCUCGGGGCCAUGUUGGGCGUCCUUUUCUUCCCGCUGAAUGUCCUGAAGACGCGGCUGCAGUCGCAGGUAGGGGGCGACUUCCUGUCCUCUCGCCAGGUGCUGCGUACCAUCUGGACGGAGCGGGGCGGCAAAGUGACGCACCUCUUCCGGGGGGUGCACCUGAAUUAUCACCGCUCCGUCCUGUCCUGGGGCAUCAUCAAUGCCACUUAUGAGCUCCUUCUGAAGCUGAUGUGAUGACAUGGAGCCAGAAGUUUAGAAGGAGCCAGACUGAAGAUUUGGAAACUGUUGUACGUCUCUCUUUUGGGAUUUACUUGUCAAUCUCAUCUUCAGGUGAUUCUGCUGGUGGCUUAGAAUCAAAGUGAAAGAGAUGACUGGGUGUGCUGGGAAUGGAGCAGACUUCUUAGAACAUAGAACUGUAGGCUUGUUUUGAAGACCAACGUCAAGUUGACACGCGUGAAGUUUGGGACUUGUGGGAACUUAAGAGAAGACCAGAUUAUUUGGGUCGCCUGGUGUCCUUAUCUUCAUCGUUCACUUGCUCUGACAAUAACCUGGACACCGUUUUUGUUCGUUUGACUUUUUGAGUUGUUUCUGUAGCCGUGUCUAAAUUCUUGUCACAUUUCUUAUUUAGAAGUGCAGGUUUUUAUUCAAUCACUACUUUCUUGCGAUAAAGAAAAACAUUAAAGCGCACAAUUAAAACCUCGGAACAGGAUUUUUUCUGGGCGAAUUUCUAGGUGCGUUUGCAUGGUGACUGAUAAAGGAAGUACUUCUGUUGUCCUUGUGGUCAGGAAUGUGUUGAUCUGAGCAGCCUGGGGAACACAGGAAAUUGGCAGGACCACCUGAGUGAGGCAGUUCAAUCAAGGGCACUUUCCUACCCCUCCAGGGUGUGAGCAUUCCGGUGGAGGAAGCUCCUAGGGUCUGUAACCCACCUGGGAAAUAGUUUCUUUGUUAAAGGAAAUGGGCUUCCUGUUACGUAAGGGGCUGCCGUGAUGCUACUUCCCAGAAUCCCUUUCCCGUGGCUCAGUGAUGGGACGUGAUGGAUCUGCAGGAACAUGUUGGGCAGUGCACUCAGAGGCACCUGGUUAUCUGCGGACAUGCACCGUAACACGUUCUGAGGUCGAUUCCGGGGUGUUGCUUUGCCUUAUAGGAAUUCUUAUCUUAUUCUAUUCCAAUCAGUAACUUGUAACACCCAUCAGCAUUAACGGCACACAAGAAGACACCGGCAUUCGCACAGCAGCAAGGCAGACGCAUGGCUAGGUGCUGUAGGGGUCUGUAUUUAUGGAAUAAAUAUUAGGUGUCAGAAAUGGCUGGAACGGAUGAUACGACUAAAAAUAAUUAAUUAAAAAUAAAUUAAAUAAAUUAGAGACAAACGAAGGGAAUGGAGGUUGAGUUUUCUCAUACAGCGUCAGCCACUGACGGGUUUUUAGCCCGUAAUGUGCUUCAUUUCUUUCAGUUGGCGAUUGACUGGCAGUUCCUCCCCAUCUUACGCCGUUAGACACCCUCAUGUUUGCUUGUGCACUUGGUGGGUAUUGGACGUUUCCCUGCCUUGGGUUUCUGUGGGGUCGGUGUAUGGAGCAAGUUUCUGAGCUCUCAUAGGCUAUGGCAAGGUCAUGUGAUGAUUGGCAAGGUCACGUGAUGAUUGGCAAGGUCAUGUGAGGCAAGUUUAAUAUCUCCACAGCAUUAUAAAGCACAUGCUUCCAGGAACAGCAGUUCAGCGUAAGGUAUUAUGGGGCCAACUGUAAUUUGCCAAAAUAGAAAGCAGAACAGCAUCUAAUGUUAUGUAAACUUAGACAUCAGAGAAGGUAAAUGUAUGGUAGUGUAAGGGGUUAGACAAAAAUAAUUACUGUGAACAACCAUUCACUGCUGCUGCCUACGUAUCUGUCCGAUACAUAUAAUCUUGCCUGUUAGCUCCAUAGCCUAUAGAUCAACAGUUUAUUCAACGCCAAGCUGAAAAUCAUCUUGGGGUUUGUUUUGACUGUCCCUGAAACAAAGUGCCCUGAGUGGGAAUUCCUGGAGAAUCGAGGCCAACCUUGGCACUCGAAGGAGCGGCCGUCCUGAUCCGUGGCCCUGAUCCAUCACAUAGCAUGGGCCUCAUCCGUGAUGAAGGCCGUGUGAUUUUAGCAAAUACGUUUCACCGUCGAAAUGCUGCAGGACAGACCCUGCCCACCGCCUGUCAUAUCUUUGCUAGUGUAAACACUUGCACGAUAAACAAGCUACUGGCAAUUAAUGAGAACCUUCUCUGACUGGGGAGGGCAAUGUGAAGUGUUUUCGUGAGGUGUGAAGUAAAAAACAAAAACCUGAAA